ACAAAAUUCUUCGUCUCAACCGCUGUGUUUGCACUUUAAUUUUUGUAAAAUUUUCUUUAUAAUUUGAUAUGGACGGCAUGUUUUGUGUGUUAUUAGUUCGUUGAGAAGAACCUUCGUGCCCGUUAAUACUAUUUCAAUAAUUCAUAAGUAUUGUUUUCUUCGUGUAUAAGUUGAGACUCGAAACUUAGAUUUAGUAAAACAGUAACAGUCCACUUCUAAGUUUUUUGUGAUAUUUUCACUACGUUAUUCUCAGGUUAUUAUCGACCUGUCAAGUAGACAUUUUUUCGUCAAGCUGUCUUCGCAAAUUCGCAAAAUAGGAGACGAAAAUCCGUUCAAGUUCUCUAGUUUUAUAACGAGUCUGCCACCAAUAGGUGGUAGAGCCAUGCCGCGCUGCAGCAAACGCACGCGCAGCGGCGCGCCGGCCGCUGAGAUCGUGCCCGGCACCACCACGCUGGACGACCACCAUCACCACAAACGCUCACGCAACUCUAGUUCACGAAGACAUUCCAAAACUGAAGACACCAGUUUUAGCGCCAAAAAAUGUUUAACAUGGUUUAAAGAAUACACAACAGUCUCAGAACCAGAUGUAUUAGGACCUGAAGGCAUGGAAAAGUUUUGUGAGGAUUUAGGUGUGGAUCCAGAAAAUGUUGUGAUGCUGGUCAUUGCAUACAAAAUGGGUGCCAAGCAAAUGGGAUUCUUCACACAGGAGGAGUGGGUCAAAGGUCUAACAGAACUCCAGUGUGACAAUGUGCUCAAGUUACAAAACAAAUUAGAAUAUUUACGCUGUUUACUCAAUGACCCAUAUGUAUUUAAGGCUGUAUACAGAUAUUCAUAUGAUUUUGCUAGGGACAAAGACCAGAGAUCACUAGACACAAGCACAGCGCGGGCCCUGCUAGGCGUCCUACUGCCGCGCUGGCCCCUCCGACCGCAACUGACGGAGUUCCUGUCGCGCGAGAGGCGCUACCGGGUCGUGAACCGCGACCAGUGGUGCAACAUCCUCGAGUUCAGCCGCACCGUGGACACGCAGCUCACUACCUACGACGCGGACGGCGCUUGGCCCGUGAUGCUGGAUGAGUUUGUGGAGUGGCUGCGAGCGGAGCGCGCGGGGGAUUCCACUAUGCGGGCCAGCUGAGACACUGUGUCACUACAAGUUGCGGUGUCGUCGCGCACGUCGCGUCGCGUGUCGGUGUAGUCGCAGCGGCGCGACAGUCGGGCGUCGCGGGAGCGGCGCUGAAUGUAACCACACGCUGUCAUGUACUGGCGUCGAUUCUGAUGGCUUUCUCUCAACUAAAUUUAGAGUAUCCGCAUCUUUUUCUUUUUACUCGAACUACGGCAAAGCCAAAAGGAAGGGUUAUGAUUUUAGUGGUCUAUGUAUAUAUGUUUGUAUCCAGAUUCUGUGUGUCCCACCGUAGCGCAUAAACUACCGGGCCGAUUUUCAUGAAUGAGGUGUCAUUUGAUUGCUUGUAAAGGCCGGGGUGACAUAGGUUAUAUUUUAUACAAAAAAAAAUUUGACCUAACGGAUCAAAAAAGUGUGGGUCUCCAAAAAAAAUUUUUUUCUUUUUUGGUUUUAGUUUUCAACUUUAUCUUGUUCAUUAUCAUUAUCAACCAAUCAACGUCAAUUGCUGAACAUAGGUUUCUUGUAGGGAUUUCCACACGAACUCUCUUGCGCUGCCUGAAUCCAGCGGUUCAUUAAAUCUGUGCAAUGUAAUUAAGUUUGUCUGUCCUUUCCUUAUUAUAUUGGUAAGAAAAAGUUGCGAGUACUCUAAAAUUUAGUUGCCAUCAGAAUCAGUAUCAUUUUGUAUAUAUUAUGAUUUGUUUGUACUACAUUACAUAUACAUUAGUGAGCCGGCCAUACGUACAUGUCUUACAUAAUAAUAUGUUUCCGGCAUAAUUGCUAGGAUUGCUAUACUCAAAGUUGGUUUGACCUAUACCUGAGUCCUCCUUAACAUAGCUAUUUUUUAUUCCAAAGUUUGACGUUUCCGAGAUAUUAGGCAAAGUUGUUCUGGUGGAAUCAUCUACAAUCUAGCCACCAGUAGUUACUAGGUAGGCCAAAAUCUUCAAAGCCCUUUAUAAAAUAAAAUAAACAAUAGGCUCACGACUGGCACCUAAACUCACGAGGUUUGGCCGUUCUAAAUUGAAUUAGGUCUGUCUGUCCUUGUCUUACAACAUUGGUUAAGAAAAAAAUGCAGAUACUCUAAAAGAAAAACAUCAAAAUUGACGCCGUAUAAGUUACAUCGGGUUGAUUUUACUGUUUAGUAAAAAUUGUUGCAUUGAAAUUAGACAACUAUGUGUAUAGCAAUCUUAAAACUUAACAUACAUUCUGAACCCGAAUUGCAGGAACCCACUUUAUAUUAUUAAUAACUGCAAACUUCUGGGCUUUUAAAAUAUAUAACACUAGCGACCUGCUCCGACUUCGCACGGUUAGCCUAUUAUAAUUUCAUAGGGAUCUCUAAUUUUUUGACAAUAAAAUAGCCUACAUCACUCAGGAAUGAUGUAGCAUUCUACUGGCGGAAGAAUUUUCAAAACCGGUUCAGUAGUUCCAGAGAUUACUUCCUACAAACAAACUUACACACUUUUCCUCUUUAUAAUAUUAGUAUAGAUUUGUUGUGAUGAGUAAUUAAAAACUUGAGUUUAAACAAUUGAAUUUAUUACAUCUUUCUUUCAUCAUAUUUUGAUUUUAUCAAUGGAAAUAAUCCAUGAAAUGUAAUACUAAUACAGACAAUGCUAUUAUAGAAUAAUAGUAUAGUUAUAUGUUCAAUGUAUAGAAUGAUUUUUAUAAAACUACCAUCUUUGACUUUAAUGAAAUUGAUAUUGAUACAACAUUCUUGAAGAAUUAUCAAUCAAUAUGACCAAAUUAAGUAUACGUAAUUACAAUAACAAAAAUAAACUAUUUAAUUAAAGAUCUAAAUAAUUAUCUAUUUGGGUUCAGAAAUGAUUUAAUCACAUUAUAUGAUCAACAAUAACUAUAGUGUUUUCAUUCAUCUAAAGCUUAUAAUUUCUGUAUCAUUUGAAAAUGUAUGCAAUCUAAAAUACUCUGAAUGUAAUGCUUAAUUAUUAAAACUACCCCUAUUACGAAACUUUGAUCCAGUCAUUGAUAAAAGUUAAGUUUCAAAAUCCACACGCUCCAUCUUAGGCUGCAUCAUCACUUGCCUGGUCUGAUUGCAGCCAAGCGCUAGUCUAUAAAUUUAAAAAAAAAAAAUACAAAUUCCGUUUAUUUUUAAAUACAUCUACUCUCCCUAUUUUACAAUGGACUCUAUGCCCAACUGGAUAUUUAUUGUUUGAGUUAUUAUGUCAGUCUGUAUUUGGAAUGCAAAUUCUACGGGAAAAAGUCGACAAGAUACGGUUAUUGUUUUCAAAAAGCAACAAAGACAGUUUUUACAUAUAUAAAGGCUGCACUAUAUAAAAAACUAGCUGAUCCAACCGGCUUCGCUCGGGUGAAAUUUGAUAUAGCUAUUUAUAUAUUAUAGGUAUGUUACUUCCGAAUAAAGUAGCUUACGUGAAAGAAUUAUUAAAAUCGGUUCAGUAGCGAUUACAUUCAAUAUUAUUACCAUUUUACAUCAAUUAUUAUUUUACAAAUUCAACAAUUGACAAACAUUGUACAAUGGGUAGAUAUUUUGAAUUUAACUACUUUUAAUUUAAGCACAAACAAAUCUUUCUCAUUUAGUGUAGAUAAGUUCUAAGCAGAAUACCAUAAAAGCCGAUAUCAAUGAUUGCGACGAUCGCAAUGGUUCAAUUCACGAGUUUCGUAAUACUAUGGUUAUUGUAACAAUAUUGUAUUUAGAUAAUUUAUGUUAAAAUAUCUUGCCCACCGAAACCAUGUUAAAAUAAUAAUAUAUUGUUCCAAUUAUUAUGAGAAUAAUACCUUGAUUUUUAAGUUAGCGGUGGCAUCCAUUGAGAUUUUAAGCAAGGUUGGCAAAAAAAAUUUAAUUUUUUGAGAGCAAAACAAAUCAGUUUAUGUGAAAAUAGUUCAAAUGAAUAUUUUUAUUACCACUUCAUUUUCCUUAUUUUUAUCAAAUAUAAUGAAGAAAAUGGUUAAAAACUUCAAAAAAAGGUGUUUAAAAUUGUUUUUUUUUUUUAUAAAACUGAUGUUUAUAAUAUAGUGUGUGCUAAACAUGUAGUCGAAUCUGAUGUUGCAACAUGGCAGCUUGCGCAGGUCAUAGACUAGGCCUAAAUACACAAGAUCUUGAAACGCCUCAUGCCUGCCGCGGACGGUGCCGCUGGGUUCUUUAGUGGGUACGCUGUAGAAUGCUGUAGCAUUCUCAGUGAGUCCCACAUACCCGCUUUUGUAUGGGAUGCGUAACUGCAUUUUUAGUAGCGGAAAAAAGGCUUAAAUACACAAGCCCGACUGAGAUCUGUUUUAGUACAAUGUGGAGUCAUACGCCUCGUUCCCAGAUUGGAAUACUGGUUUUGUGCGCACUAUACCACUAAAACCCAUGUUAUAGAUAGAAAUUUCAAGAUAUAAUAUACUGUCUAACUUUUUCCAUUGAAAUGUCAUCAGCAUUGGCACCUGAAAAUGAACAAAAACCUAAUUUCUUCAUAGUUUUGUGCUCGAAUGUUAUGAUUUAUGAAUCUUUGCAGACAUUCAACGUUACUGUAUAGCAUUAAAAUCAAUUUAACCUAUUUUGAAGGUUAACCUUCAAGUCUAUAAAUAAGGCUAGGGACACAUCUAGUUUUGAAAAGCCUGUGGAAUUGUUUUUCGGCGUCUUGUCCGCGCAUGUAUGAUGCUUGCCUAACAUUCUUUGUGUCCCAUAGAAGCGGAAUUCCUCCAUAUAUGUCUCUACCCUAUAGCUCGCCCAACCUAGCUGUAGAACUAUUGGUGCCGUCAUUAGAUAUCUAGCAAAGUAAUCUGCGCAUUAUUGCAAAACCAGCUGUAUUUGCAUAGAAUUACAGUUUAAUUUACGUUGAUUUGGAUGCUCUAGACUCUAGACAGUGUUCUCACUUUGAAGGGCGAAAUGAAAAAUAUUAGGUAGAGCGCGCAUUACCGUUUUUCAUGUAUUUCGAGUAAAAUAGAACUUCAGGUGGUAACCCUAUUUUUUAUACUCACCUAAUUUUUUUUUUGUUUUUUUUUUUUCGAUUUAUCAAAGGGGAUAGGCAAAACAAAAGUGCAGAAAGAAAAAAAAAUUAGCUUGGUAUUAUUUCAUCUAAAUAGACCUUCUUUGUCGAAAGACUUAAGAUUUAGGAUCGUGAAAUUAUAUCAAAAACGUGAAAUAGUGUUGCUAAAUAAUAAUUAACGUAAAAUCGCCCUAAAUCAGGGUAUUUGAAAAAAAUAGGGUAAUGAAGGGCUUUCUACCCAAAGUAUAGGGUAAAACCAAGAUCGUAAGUGACAACACUGGCUGGAAAUUAUAAUGUUAUUUCGAAUUAUUUUAGUUACUAAAGACAGAAUAUACCGUGUCUAUUCCUUGUUUAGAAUUUUCCGAGUAUACAGCUAGGAUGGGCAAACUAUAGUAUCACCGUAUCCAGCCUUUAUUAGGCUAGAAACAUACUUAAUACGCCAUUUAACUCGCAGUACGUGUUCAUUUGUGUAUGGUGACGUUUUUAGUAUGUUCUCGGUCUUACUAACUAACGAUACUUUGUAAAGAUCGAAACUAAUUAAAAUAAUGCAAUAAAUUGUUAACUGUUACUAAUUUAAUAAUUGAAGAAUAUUCAUAUUGGUCCAAUAAUACUUGUACUAAAAUAAUCGACGCACAGACCUAGUGCGUAAACCUAUACAUUAUCGUCUUCUUUUUUUUGUAAAAAAAACUGUUUAUGUGUUUGUAUAUAUCAGUUUUUUUUGUACAAAUAUCUGGCAACACUAUAUUCUGUAUAAUUUUAGAUGAGAAGUUGUCAAAUAUUGAUUUGAUAGGUUAUUAACUACUUAUUUUGUAUAAAAAACUAUUUUGUCUUUGUAGAUAUCAUUUUUUUUGUACAAAGAUCAGGCAACACUCAAUAAGUAUUCAAUAUAAUUUCACAUAAAAAGUUGUCUAAUAUUGAAAUGCCAGUAUAAAUAUUGGUGCCGCAAAAUACUGAAACACUUGUUAAGCGAGUCUUAAAUUGUAUUGUUUCUAAAUGACUACUUACCACAGUACAUGUCAAAAAAAAAACUUUAAAAAGAUGACCUUAGAAACUAAUUAGUGUUUCAGUAUAGGGCCAUAUAAGUAGGUUAUCGAUGUAUGAACUUGACUGAAAAGCUUUUUACUUUAAGUGUCGCUUACUUCAGAGACUAAUUUGCAUUUUUUGUAAUAAUAUAAUUUGUUGAGUUCCAAAGCCUGUUUAAAAAACAUGAGUUUUGCAAUGCAAAAAUAAUGAUGUAUUUCUAGAUCUUAGUCCUAUAAAAUCCAUUAAAAAUAUUAUAUUAAAAAUCAAAAUUUAUUUCUAGCUCAGCACAACAUGGUGGAAUUCUUAUUCUUAGUCUGGACGCAUUAUACCGAAUUUAAUUUGUACUAAUAAAUUAAGGGCCGAUUUUUCAAUUGACUUUUAUUUGAGGUAUUGACAGUUGUAUAGAAAAUCUGUCAAAAAUUAUUCCUCAGAUAAAAGUUAUUUGACAGUUGAAAAAUCUGCCCUUAGUGAGAUAAUUUAUAUUAAAAGUGUUCUGCCAUAUUUGAAUAUGAAUACCAUCCGAGUACUCGCAAUGGUAAUCCGUACAAAAGACCAAUUUAAUUUUAUUAUUUCAUAAUUUAUUGUAGAAUUAAAUUUUGGUGUAUUUCAUAAAUAAACAGGCUUUAGAACUUUGCAAGGCCGAACACUCUGAAUAAAGUUCCGAUAGACUAGCUCUUCUAGUCUAUACUUAGGCUUAGGUGUAGAUAUGGUUUUUUAUAAGACAUGUAGGUAGUAUUUUCAAAUUCUCUAUGAUUGUAACGAAUACGGUAUGUUCUAUAAGAAUGCGGUGUAUACAAAAUUAAUCUCAAAAAACAUUUUAGGCCCCCCUUGUACCGAAUGUCAUUGCAAGAGAAAUAAAUCGUUUAAAAAAUCA